GCAGAGGCUAAGGGGAGCUGGGGUGUCCAGGGAAAACGCAGGAUGAUAGAGGAUCUAAAGGGGCAGUUCCCAGUGGGAGGUCUUUGAAAGUGACAAUACUCCUUACCACGACUCUGUGCUGUUCAUCUUUGAUCUUAUGCUGUUCUUUCAGUUCCUCCUGAAGGGUCCUGUUUAAACCUCCAAUCUUUUGAGUGAAAGACAUGUGGACACAUCAGAGGAAGUUGAACAGAGAAAACUCCAGAGAUGAAAGCAAUCUCAUCUGCGAUGCUGAGGCUACCAUACAACCACACAGUGGAAACUUCUGCCACCUUCUUCCUUGUGGGUAUCCCAGGUUUGCAGUCUCCACAUCUUUGGCUGGCUAUCUCACUGAGUGCCAUGUAUACCAUAGCCCUGUUAGGAAACAUCCUCAUAGUGAUUGUAAUCUUGAUGGAUUCCACUCUACAAGAGCCCAUGUACUGCUUCCUGUGUGUUCUGGCUCUCAUGGACAUUGUCAUGGCAUCCUCUGUAGUGCCCAAGAUGGUGAGCAUCUUCUCCUCAGGAGGCAGCUCCAUCAGCUUUAUUGCUUGUUUCACUCAGAUGUACUUUGUCCAUGUAGCCACAGCUAUGGAGACAGGGCUCCUGCUGGUCAUGGCUUUUGAUCGCUAUGUAGCCAUUUGUAAGCCCCUACACUACAAGAGGAUUCUCACACCUCAAGUGAUGCUGGGAAUGAGUGUGACCAUCAUGAUCAGAGCUAUCAUAUUCAUGACUCCAUUAAGUUGGAUGGUGAGUCAUCUACCUUUCUGUGGCUCCAACAUAGUUCUCCAUUCCUACUGUGAGCACAUAGCUGUGGCCAAGCUGGCAUGUGCAGACCCCAUGCCCAGUGGUCUCUACAGUUUGAUUGGUUCUUCCAUUAUUGUGGGCUCUGAUGUGGCCUUCAUUGCUGCUUCUUAUUACCUGAUUCUCCGGGCAGUCUUUGGUCUCUCCUCAAAGAAUGCUCAGUUAAAAGCAUUAAGCACAUGUUGCUCCCACGUGGGGGUUAUGGCUCUCUACUACCUACCUGGGAUGGCAUCCAUCUAUGUGGCCUGGCUAGGGCAGGACGUAGUGCCUUUGCACACCCAAGUGCUGCUAGCUGACUUAUACCUGCUCAUCCCACCUGCUUUAAACCCCAUUAUUUAUGGUCUGAGGACCAAACAGAUUCGGGAGCGAAUAUGGAGCUUGCUGAUGCACUCUCUGACCAGCCUAUUUUAAAUAUGUCUUAGAUCUGUGGAGCUGGUUUGGUUCAUGAGGUGCCAUAGGAGUUCUAAGAGGAAGCUAUAAAGAAUAUCCUCACAGUACUUCAAUUUCUAGCAAGAAUGUGAAUAAAAAUGGUUUUCUGACAUUUUAAAAAUGAUUUUAACCAACUAGUAUCUGAAUGAAAGAUAAGUUUGAGCAGAGAAUAGAGAUUAGGGGCUUUUCUUUCCUUAGCUUCUGACUCAUAUUUCCAACUUAAUAUCUUACCAGUCCCUCUGCAAAAGAAACCAACUGUUUGGCCUGCCCACACCUGGCUGAUUUUAUGAGAAUUGUUCAUUUCCUCAUGUGCUUAUAUGGAAGCAGCCAUUAAUAUAUGACUGCCUUCUGGCCCUUUGAUAACUCUAUUUAGCUUGGGUCACAUGCUCACACCUGAACCAGAGUCCUUCUCCAAUCAAAUGAAUUCGUUUGUGAUGUAAAUUUUGGAUCACUGAUGGCAGCCAUUUCGUAACACAUGAACUUGGAAAGAGAAAUCUGUUCCAUAGCAAGAGAAGCAGAUUAGUAAAAUGGGAUGAAGAAACAGAGUUUCUGGUUCUGUUUCCAAUUCAUUUUGGGUACCUUGAUAUGCCUCUAUUAAGUGUGGUAAGAUACCUCUAUAUCCUUUUACUAUGUCCCCUAUUGUUAAGCUAGUUGGAAUAAGUGUACUAAUCACCAGCUUUUUGUUUUUAAGCAACAGAGGCUGGGGCAACAUGAGUUCUGUUUUGGACACCUUUCGCUUUUCUUCCUAGUCCUUUUACUUAACUGUAAGACAUGAAGGAGAGGAAUCAAAUACAACAUAUUUCUUCUUUUGAACACCUCUAAAAAGGUGUGUGCUGGGAUGAAAAGGUUAAUAGAGAACAAUAUUGUUAAUGAAGCUGAAAUGUCACCAGAUUUUUGUUUUUCUUAUUUUGUCUCCUUACAGAAGUCUUAAGUGAAUGAUCAGUAUACACUAAAAUAAAAUUUCAUAUGUAAGAGAUACAUAUAUUUGACUCUGGUAUGUUUGAAAAAUCUUAAUAAAUGAUAAUUCCCUAAUAGUAUUGAUAACAAGACACUGUAUCUGAGUUACAAUAUCUCCUUUCUACUGAUGGAAGAAACCAUGAUAAUUUAUAGAGAGUAUGGCAAAUCAAAUAAAAUAAGGAAAGCACAUAAUGUUAAGAUCAACAUGUACAUACUUAAAGAAUAAACUCAAUAGAUUUUUCUUUAAAAC